AUCAUUGAAACGAACAAAACCGUUCGUAGAAUUUGCUACUUCUAUUUGGCUUACAGCGCCCUGAACAUACCGAUAUACAUCGUAUUUCCUAUUCUAUUCACACUUUGUCAGUACAACUCUCGGGCAGACGACAACGAACCGUUUCAAUUUAACUUUCCCAAUCAGUACGUUUAUUUCGAUUAAUUAUUCAUUCAUUGAAGUGCAUACAAUUGACUAAAUUCUCCUUCCGGCGACGCCAGGUUACCAUUUUUGGAUCAGCACAAAUUGGGACACUAUCUGCUCUGCCAGGCCAUUGUGGGACCAAUCAUACUGUUGAGUGCCAUAUUUUUGUCCCUAAAAUCGAUGCUUUACUACGGGGUGUUGAAGUAUGUGGCCCUCAUGUUCAAACUGGUGGCCGUACGAAUUCGGCUAUUGAACCACCGAAAGGCCCACAUGAGUGCCGCACUUCUGGAACGGGAGCUGGACGUCAUUGUGCGAUCACAUUACAUGGCUUUGGAAUGCGCCGACAUUUUGGAGGAAAUCAUUAGUCCGGUGAUACUGAUUCACUUUGUCGGGUGUGUCAUAACGUGGUGUCUCCUCAUUCUCUACAUUACAAUGGACUCCAGCGAUAUUGGAGGUCUAAACAUGAUUGUUAUCUGUCAAAUAAUGGCGCUGGAAAUGAUGGUAUUUUCCUUUCUAGGUUCUGAACUUUCGGACACGAGCGCAUCCAUAGCGAGGGAAAUUUACAAUAUCGAUUGGUAUGACACGCCCCUGACGUUCCAGAAAAAAGUUCUGCUCAUCUCUGUUCGGGCUCAGAAAACUGUCGGCAUAACGGCGUUCAAGUUUUACUUUUCCAGUGUUGAAAAAUUUGGCAAGACCAUUCAAUCGACUUACUCGUUUUAUCUUGUGGUGAAGAAGAUAAUAGCUAAAUGAAGGGAAUUGAUCACAUAAGGGUGAUAGAUAUCAUAUAGACAACCUAACCGCCUAGCGUCACACACAACGAUCGAAUUUAAAUAUUUGUGACAAGUCCUACGGACGAAAAAUAUACUCAAAACACACUUAUCAAUGAAACACACAACACAUAAAAAAAUAGUAGGUUACUCUUUAGAUAAUAAAGGACUCUCCGGAGUAUAAACAAAUGUAAACUCUUCGUAGUCUAAAAUAACAAUGAUAGUCAAAACAGGUAAUUUUAUUUGUAGUCAUGCUGCAACUGUGAGUUUUGUGAUUAGACGUUACUAUGCAUUUCUGAGAAUCAACAGAAAAAGUUUUGGGGCCCAACUAGUG